AUGGACAUCCGCAAACUCGACGCACAAAAUUGGCUCACUCUCGACAAAAACUAUAUGGAUGAGCACCGUGUACGGAACCAGUUGUUGCACGAGAAAAGAUCCGAGGUUUUGCAGUGCCUCCCAGAGUCUGUCGAUGCGUGCCACGAGGCACUGGAGGAGGUAUCAGACUUCCUCUGCGAAAGAUUCCCCAACAAUUUUGAUAUGAACAUAAAAAACAACCAAAAGAUCGUCGAUAAUUGCAUGACCGGCGACAAAUUCACAGUCAGUGGACGUGACCCCAAUGAGGGCGUAGCCGAUGCACUCGAGGCUGCCGUGCGUCUUACAAUGGAGGAUCUCAGCGUUUUGAUGAUGAACGGGGAGGGUGAAUAUUACCUAGCAGCGAGCGCCAGUUUGUUCCCUACAGGAUGGACAGUGCAACAGAGAAUCGGCUGGACCAUCUCUCAACUGCAUGGCCCAGUACCUCUAUGGCACCAGCACGUUGCCAACUCUGUGGACAAGUUCCUCGCCCGUCUAACUCCAACCUCGCCAAUGGAGCGCUCAAACUACUUCAUCGAAGUAAAGCGACCAGACGAGGACCUAACAGAGAUUCUGUACCGACCAAAGGCACUCUGCGAAAAGGAGCUAGUCAACCCCCUCCCCUCGGAAAUCCUCGUUCGCCGUGAAAGACAAACAUUCCGUCGACUGCCACGAACGGGAGCUAUCGUCUUUGGCGUGAAGACGUAUCUCACGCCUCUGGAGGAGCUCCCCAUGCAAGAGCUGAAUAAUCUUGCCAAGGAAAUGAGGAGUUGGCCAGACUAUGUUGGGGAGUAUAAGGGGAAACAUCUGUGGGGGGCAAAGGUUUUGGAAUACUAUCAAAAGCAGGUGGAGGAGGGCAAGAUUGAGCCCGAGAAGUAUGAAGAUUGA